ACUCCUAUUACUCCCAAAAGUUAUAAUUCAAUAUGGCGUAGCUAGAUCCACGAAAAAUUGCGGAUCUAAAUCCAAUAAUAUUUCUAUAAUCAAAUAUCUUUCCCAGAUUAAAUUUAUGUUUAUGGUGAAAAUAAAAAGUUUUAUAGCUGUCUAUGGUGGUCUUUGUUAAUAUGUCUUCGGGUAAGAGCUUCUCAUUAAUCAAAGGAAAACCUUUCAGAGUACGGACUACCGGAUCAGAUGAUGGUCCAGUAAAAUGGUCUUUCUCUCAAGUCAAGGGAACAAGUGAGGAAGAAAUAACAGAAGCUGAUAUCAUAUCAACAGUAGAAUUUAACCAUGAUGGUGAACUUUUGGCAACUGGAGAUAAAGGGGGAAGAAUUGUCAUAUUUCAAAAAGAUAAUGCUCCUAAAAGUUCUCCUCGUUAUGGCGAAUAUAAUGUAUAUAGCACAUUUCAAAGUCACGAACCUGAGUUUGAUUAUUUAAAAAGUUUAGACAUAGAUGAAAAAAUUAAUAGAAUUAGAUGGUUAAAACGAAGAAAUCGGGCACAUUUUUUACUUUCCACCAAUGACAAAACUGUUAAAUUAUGGAAAAUUUCUGAGAGAAAUAUGAGAAUUGAUGGACCUUUAAAUACCAAGACUUUAGAUGGAACUCAAGAACUUACAGCUGGAGAAAUUCAGAAGUUAAGGAUACCAGAACUUCAACCUACUCCUUUAAUGGUUGAAGCAAGUCCUCGUAAAAUAUAUUCUAAUGCGCAUACUUAUCAUGUUAAUUCUAUAUCUAUAAAUAGUGAUGAUGAAACUUAUUUAUCUGCUGAUGACUUAAGAAUUAAUCUAUGGAAUUUACAGCGUACAGACCAAAGUUUCAAUAUUGUUGAUAUAAAACCAGCAAACAUGGAAGAAUUGACAGAAGUAAUCACCUCAGCUGAGUUUCAUCCAGAUUCUUGCAAUAUAUUUGUAUACAGCAGCAGUAAAGGAACAGCUCGAUUGUGUGACAUGAGAGACAGUGCUUUAUGUGAUAAAUAUUCAAAACUAUUUGAAGAGCCGGAAGAUCCAAGCAAUCGUUCAUUUUUUUCUGAACUGAUUUCUUCUAUUGCUGAUGUCAAGUUUAGUCACAACGGUCGCUAUAUGUUGACUAGAGAUUAUCUCACCGUAAAGGUAUGGGAUUUGCAAAUGGAAAGAAAACCAGUUGAAACUUACCAGGUACAUGAGUAUCUACGUAGCAAAUUGUGUGCACUGUACGAAAAUGAUUGUAUUUUUGACAAGUAUGAAUGUUGUUGGAGCGGAGAUGAUACAUCCAUCAUGACAGGCUCAUACAAUAACUUCUUUCGAAUUUUUAACCGAGAGCAAAAAUCAGGUGUUUGUCUCGAAGCUACAAGAGAAAAUAUGAGGCCAAAACAACUUCUAAAAGCAAAAAAAAUAACGACAACUGGCAAGCGCAAAAAAGAAGAAAUUAGCGUAGAAUGUUUAGACUUUAGUCGGAAAAUUUUGCAUAUGGCUUGGCAUCCAAACGAUAACAUUAUUGCUUUGGCAGCUACAAAUAACUUAUACUUGUUUCAAGAGAAGGUCUGAUACCCAAAUGUUGCAAUAAAAUGUUUAUAUUCUCGGAUUUUA